AUGGCGGCCGGGCCGGGACCGUGGCUGCUGGGCUUGGGCUUGGCCUUGGGGCCGGCAGGCGUGUGGGCGCAGCUGAGGCUGGUGGAGGCCGGCGGAGGGCAGCGAGCGCCCGGGGACUCCGUGCUCCUCUUCUGCCGCGGACACGGCUUCAACUUCGGGACAUACGCAAUAAGAUGGUACCGUCAGGCACCCGGAGGCAGGCUGGAGUGGGUGUCCUUUAUCUCUCCUAGUUCAUCACUGAUUCAACGUGCACCGGCAGUGAAUGGUCGAGCCUCUGUGUCCCGGGACAAUUCCCGGUUUAGGACAGCUCUGUCUCUAAGUGCCCUGAGCCCACAGGACUCUGCCCGCUACUUCUGUGCUGUUCGCACACACAGGGACGGGAAAUGGUCAUUUCAGUUGGUUUUCGGCUCUGGCCACGUAAUUUUUGUUGAACCAAACAACAUAAGGAGUUCUGACCCACAAGUCAUUGUGAUGAAGUCAAAGAAACUGGAAGAAGAUGGCAACACCGAGAAAGUAGCUUGUUUGGCAAGGAAGUUCUAUACAAAGAAUGUCAUCUUGGAGGUGUCCUCUAAUGAAGUCAUAUAUGAGCAAAAUACACCCGUUUUGACAUCAGAAGGGUUGUACGAUACCAUUAAGGUGGUCAGUGCAACAAAAGGCACAGAGGUGGCUUGCACAGCCAAACACGAUGGCAAAGAAACAUUGCUAGAAAAGGAGGCUGAAGAAUCAGUAACAGGGAACAUUUGCAACACCACAGACAUCUCUAUGCGAGAUGCUGAAGGGGAGAAAACAAACAUGCUCUCUGUGACUGUGUUGGGCUUGAGAGUCCUGCUGGCAAAAAGUAUUGCCUUCAAUGCACUCGUGAGCAUCAAGCUGUUUCUUUUCUGAGCUGUCAGACAAUGGCAUGUAGCCCCGGUUGCAUUAAAGGGCCGAUGUGGAAACAAGGCAGCAGCACUGUGAAGAGCAGCUGGAGAGCUUGUCCCAGCAGCACAACGGGUCAAACGGCCAACGUCAAAUCUACUGACAACAACCACGCAGAAGACAACAGAGCACCCUC